CCGCGGGGUGCCCGCACCAUGGCAACGCACGGCGCGUCACGUAGGCCGCGCUCUACCGCUUCCGGUUACCCUCUCACCCCAAGAUGGCGGCGCCCGUGGGACCUGUGAGGUUUUGGAAGCCGGGCACGGAAGGUCCUGGUGUCAGUGUCUCAGAGGAGAGACAGAAUCCUGCUGAGAGCAGUAGCAUAUCUGUCAUCUAUAAUCCUUAUGCUUCCCUUUCUAUUGAACAACAAAGACAAAAGCUGCCUAUUUUUAAGCUAAGAAAUCACAUUCUGUAUCUAGUGGAGAACUAUCAAACUCUGGUGCUUGUUGGGGAAACAGGCUGUGGGAAAUCAACCCAGAUUCCACAAUACCUAGCAGAAGCUGGCUGGGCAGCUGAAGGAAGAGUUGUUGGAGUGACGCAGCCUCGUCGGGUUGCUGCUGUUUCAAUUGCAAGCAGAGUUGCUGAUGAAAGAGGUGCAGUGCUGGGGCAUGAAGUUGGAUAUUGUAUUCGGUUUGAUGACUGCACGGAUCCACAAGCUACAAGAAUUAAGUUUCUAACUGAUGGUAUGCUGGUGAGGGAGAUGAUGGCUGAUCCUUUAUUAACAAGAUACAGUGUCCUCAUGCUGGAUGAAGCCCAUGAAAGGACUCUUUAUACAGAUAUUGCCAUUGGCUUACUGAGAAAGAUUCAGAAGAAGCGUGGGGAUCUUCGACUGAUUGUGGCUUCAGCCACCUUGGAUGCAGAGAAAUUCAAGAAUUUCUUUAAUCAAAAUGAUACUGGUGACCCCAGCAAAGAUACCAGCGUGAUACUUACUGUGGAAGGGAGAACGUUUCCAGUGGACAUCUUUUACAUACAGAGUCCUGUUCCAGAUUAUGUAAAAUCAACUGUGGAAACUGCAAUGAAAAUUCACCAGAUGGAGAAUGAUGGUGAUAUACUGGCAUUUUUAACUGGGCAGGAGGAAGUGGAGACUGUUGUUUCCAUGCUCAUAGAACAGGCUCGGGCCCUCUCUCGCACUGGAAUGAAAAGACACCUCCGUGUUCUCCCCAUGUAUGCUGGGCUGCCUUCUCCUGAGCAGAUGAAAGUGUUUGAGAGAGUUUCUCACAAUGUCAGGAAGGUGGUAGUUGCCACCAACGUUGCAGAGACCUCCAUCACGGUUCGCGGAAUCGUAUUCGUAAUUGAUUGUGGGUUUGUGAAGCUUCGUGCAUAUAACCCCAAAACAGCCAUUGAAUGUCUUGUGGUGGUUCCAGUCUCUAAGGCUUCAGCUAAUCAGAGAGCAGGACGUGCAGGACGGAACCGCUCUGGUAAAUGUUACAGGCUUUAUACAGCAAUAGAUAGGAGAAUGAUAAAAGAUGCACAAGCGAGUCCAGAGGAGGCCACAAAGAUGCUCCAAGGGCUGGAGCAGCUCUGCUCUGGAGCCAGGCUGAGAGAGCUGGGCUGGGUCAGCCUGGAGAAAAGAAGGCUCCUUAAAGAGGAGGACUUUGAAAAGUUGCCCAAGUCCACUGUUCCCGAGAUGCAGCGCAGUAACCUUGCACCCGUCAUCUUGCAGCUGAAGGCUUUGGGCAUCGACAAUGUGCUCAGGUUCCCCUUUCUUUCACCACCUCCUGCCCAGUCAAUGGUGCAAGCUUUAGAACUGCUGUAUGCCUUAGGAGGUUUGGAUAUGCACUGCCGUUUAACAGAGCCUCUUGGAAUGAGAAUAGCAGAGUUUCCUUUGAAUCCUAUGUUUGCAAAGAUGCUUCUGGAAUCAGGAAAUUUUGGCUGCUCCCAGGAGAUUUUGACAAUUGCUGCCAUGAUGCAGAUUCAGAACAUCUUUGUGAUCCCUCCAAAUCAAAAGUCUCAGGCUGCCAGGCGACACAGAAAGUUUGCUGUGGAAGAGGGUGAUCAUCUCACUAUGCUUAAUGUGUAUGAAGCCUUUGUCAAACACAGCAAGAGCUCUCAGUGGUGUCAGGAGCACUUUCUGAACUACAAAGGGCUUGUAAGAGCUUCUGUUGUAAGAGAGCAGCUGAAAAAGCUUCUUGUCCGCUUUAAAGUGCCAAAGAAGUCUAGUGAAGGUGAUCCAGAUCCUGUUUUGAGAUGCAUAGUUUCUGGAUUCUUUGCAAACGCAGCUAAAUUCCACUCUACUGGAGCUUACAGGACUAUCCGUGAUGACCAGGAACUUCAUAUCCACCCCACGUCAGUGUUGUAUGCAGAGAAACCUCCACGCUGGGUAGUCUACAAUGAAGUCAUACAGACUGCGAAAUAUUACAUGAGAGAUGUGACUGCUGUAGAAUCUGCAUGGCUCUUGGAACUGGCACCUCAUUUUUACCAGCAAGUAGCAGUACAGGAUCAGCAUAAAGCCCAAAUGCAUCUUUCCUUGACAGCAAAACGGGCUAAAGUAGGAGACCAGUGAUUUGACAUGACUUAAGUCUUCUGUCAUCAGAUGCAGAGCCUACCAGUGAUUUGAAGCUGGCUACAGUCCCUUCAGGAGUCAGUUCAUUAGCAAUUUGAUCUUCCAUCAACUUAAAAGUUUAAAUGCCUGCCAGGAUCUGUAGGGGUUUAUGCAUGACCAGCACAUUGUAAACCUAUGUAGAGCUUG